AUGAAUACCAAACUUCUCUACGAUGACAAGCACAUAAUUCCAAUGGUUCUCUUGGUUGCAACGGAUCGCAUUCUGGCGGCUUUGGAAGCCGUUCCAAUUUCCCACCGAAAAGAUCUCGACCUCCCUACCACGCUGGAUCUCCAGGGGCCAAUUGCACACAGCCAGCUCCUUCGCCUCUCUAAACACCUCCAGAAUGAUGCCGAAUACAAUGCCACGGAUGGCGGGAUAUCAAUGAAUAGCCCUACAAUUCUUAGCGCUCUUCUGCGCGGUACAAAAGUAUAUGUACCACCUCCACCUAGAAAACCUGAACCUUCUCCGGGCCGGAGUCCACACCCAAAGCCAAAACACAUUAUACUAAUAAAGCAGACCGCCGAGUAUCUCGCCUCAAAAGCUCGUCUUCAAGCACUGGCCGAUAAACAAGCCUAUCAACGCCUUUUAAACCCAACCUACACACCGAACGCCGACCAUGCCGACCCACACGCAACGAAGUCCGAUGGAAGCCCAUACAGCGAAGACACACUCACCCCUUCCCUAGUGCUGAAUAUCUUCCUCUCAACCCUCAUCACCGGAUUCGCUGUUUACUGGGCUCUAACCAGCUUCGGCAUGCCAGGUAUUCUGGCGUCGAUAUUCUCAUCAUUAACGGGUCCGACUGUGGAUGGGAUGGAGCCUCGGGAUGCUGUUGGCGCGUCGGAGGCUGUGCGGGUACUUUUAUCUUUCUUUGCGGCAUUGGCUGUUGCCAUUGCGGAGUCGGUUCUGUAUGCUGUUUAUCUUGGAAAGGUUGUUGAGGCUAGGACCAAGGAGAGGAGGCUGAAGGAGAAGAAAAUCGUUAUUGGGCUCGUGAAGGGAGAUGACGAUGGCGAUGAUGGCGAUGAUGGCGAUGAUGGCGAUGAAGUAAUGAUGGGUGCUGCUGGCGAGAAAGAGAAGAUUUGGGGGAAGGGAGUCAAUGGUGGCGUAAGGAGGAGGAUAAGGGAGAAAUGGGAGAAAGAGCAAGAUCAGACGGAAAACUAA